GAGAGACUCCAGUCAGUCUGGAGUAAGACAGUGAGCGAGGAGGAUCUGUGACGGUGGCCUCGCUGCCACACACAAUGCCAUCUUCAAUGCCCACCGUAUCCUGCCCGAACUAUAGUGCAAUGGAUUACCGAUGCGAGGAUGGAUAUCGCGUACAGUGAGUCGUUUGUGUGUUCGGAUAGUGAUUGAAACGAUUGUGUUGUAGUCAAUGAUUCAUGUUGCACACGCUAGUCGCUUUUUCUUCUUCAGUGCUUUAGUCUCAAAAGUUGUUUCGUUGCAAGCAUGAGGCGGAUGCGGUUACUUUUGUUACUAGUGGUGGUGAUUGUGCCCGUUUUGGGAUUUGUUGUGAUCGUGCCCGAUACCACGCCCGUGGGAGGACAAGUGUUCCUGGGCGUCAUGGAUGGCCCCUCCCGCUACAAGUUGGACUCCCGAAGAACGGCAAAUUACGUCCAUAGGUUUUUCCACGUGGACGAAGACACGGGUUCGGUGACGGUGAAGCGCCCUUUGGACUGUUCGGGGAGUUUCUACACGAAUCCCGUGACCCUGUGGAUAGAGGCGUGGGCCGAUAGGCCCGGGGUGCCCUUGGACUAUGCCACCAUUCCCCUCCGCAUAGUGAUCACGGGGGAGGCGUGUCUACAUCACGCCGCCGUUCUGGAGAGAGAGGUGUCAUCGUGGGUAGACGUUGCCGCCCUCUCCCUCCCUCUCCCGGACCCCAACCCCUCCGAUCCCGACAGGCUCUGCCUUCGCAGGUCUCAGGUCAUCCUCCGGGUGCCACCGCUCCUGCCCAGGUCGUUGCACUCUUGCAAGUACGACUUCACCCACGUCUCGGAUCACCGCCUGGCUGUGGAAUCCCACGGGGGCGACCUGAUCAGCCUCAUCGACACUUGCCUCGUCGGGGUGACCCGCAUCAAGAUCGGCCUCAAGAUGACCUGCCCCGGACUGGCCUCGCCUUACAGUCACGACCUGAUCUUGGUGCUGCACAGCGUGGCCAGUUCGGGAGACGAAGGGCAGAUCCGUCGCAUCAGGAGGCAAAUGCAGACGGCGGCGCCCUAUUUCGAGAGGACGCAGGAGGUAGCCCACGUUGUAGAAGAGGCGGAUAAAGGCACGCCCGUGACCACCAUUACCGCCACGGAUCCAGAGGGCGCCCCCCUGACCUAUUCCAUCGAAGCCGUGCUGGAUGCUAGGUCACAGAGGAUGUUCGAGAUCGACCCCACCUCCGGCCUGGUGUCGACCACCACGCGUCUGGAUCGAGAACUGGUCAACGUCCACUACUUCCGCGUGAAGGCCGUCGACAAGGCCUCGUCGCCUCCUCGAUCCGCAGUGACCACCCUGCAGAUCAACGUCGACGACGCCAACGACCACGAGCCCAUCUUCGAAAGGGAGGAGUACGACACCUCCGUCAGGGAAUCGACGAGCGUCGGGUCGACUGUCCUCACCGUCCGCGCCACGGAUCAAGACGCAGGACCCAACGCCGAAUUGCGGUACACCAUCCUCAACCCAACGGGGCCUAACGAGGUCUUCAGACUCGAUCCCAAGUCCGGAGAACUGACGACGAGGCUGCCCCUCGACAGGGAGAAACACGCCCGGUACUCCCUCUCCAUCCAGGCGGAGGACCAGGGCCCGACACAACACAGAAAGACGGCGACUGCCCAGAUAACCAUCAACGUCUUGGACGAGAACGACAAUUACCCGCAGUUCAGCGAGAGGACCUACACGGUGGAGGUGCCGGAGGACAUCAGCGCCGCCGCUUCUCCCGUCAUCGCCCAUGUGCAGGCCAGCGACCACGACAGCGGCAAAAAUGGACAAGUCCGUUACGCCAUCAUAGGUGGAAACACCGCCGGACACUUCACCGUGGACGGAAUGACGGGAGAGGUGAGGGUCUCGGCGCCCUUGGACCACGAAACCAACCGCCAUUAUCGCCUCGUCAUUCGAGCUCAAGACGGAGGUUCCCCUCCCAGAUCGAACACCACUCAGCUCCUGGUCAAUGUGAGGGACGUCAAUGAUAAUUCCCCGAGGUUUUACACUCCUCUCUUUCAAGAGACUGUCCAGGAGAACGUUGCCGUAGGGUACUCCAUCGUCAGGGUGCAAGCCUUCGACAGCGACGCUGGAGACAACUCCCUCCUUACAUACAAUAUCGAAGGCGGUGGCGACAAACUUCCCGUAGAAGUCGAGGAGUCUACAGGCUGGGUCGUCACGAGUAAGGAGUUGGACAGGGAAGAGAAUCAUCACUACACUUUCACUGUGGUCGCCAGGGAUCACGGGGACCCCCCUCAGUCCGCCUCUGCUACGGUCAUCCUCCAGGUGCAGGACCAGAACGACAACAACCCCAUAUUCCAUCCCAAACUCUACGAAGUGGCUGUGAGCGAGAGCGACUACCCAGGUACUCCUGUAGUCACGGUAACUGCCACGGACAAGGACGAGAACCCGCGUCUGCAUUACACCAUCACUUCAGGAAACGAGCGCGGAAGGUUCUCCAUAACUGCCCAGAACGGCAGGGGCCUGGUGUCUCUCGCUCAGCCCUUGGAUUACAAGCAGGAGAGAAAGUACGUCCUGACGAUAACGGCUACUGACGCAGGAGGCCUCUACGACACGGCUACCGUUUACGUCAAUGUCAGUGAUGCCAACACUUUCCCUCCCCAGUUCGAAAACACUCCAUAUUCGGCCACCGUGUUCGAGGACGCCCCCGAAGGGAGCACUGUCAUCAUGGUCGCGGCGUCUGACGGCGACACAGGAGAGAAUGCCCGGAUCACCUAUUCUCUGAGCGGGGAGUCAGUCCCCGAGUUCGUGAUCCAUCCCAGCACGGGCGCCAUCACGACGACGAUGCCCCUGGACAGGGAGAUGAAGGGAGGCUUCCUCCUGACGGUGACAGCCAGGGACAACGGCACGCCCCCGCUCUCCGACACGACAGACGUCGAGAUCACCGUCGUCGACGUCAACGACAACGCCCCUGUCUUCAGCGAGACUCUGUACAGGUCCUCGGUGCCGGAGGACGCCUCGGUAGGCACCUCCAUCGCCCAGAUGAUCGCGAACGACGCCGACGCCGGCCUCAACGGGAGAGUCAGGUUCUCCUUCGAGGGAGGCAACGACGGGAACGGGGCCUUCACCCUCGACCCUACUUCAGGAAUCGUGCGAACGGCGAGGGUCCUGGACCGGGAGACGGUCGCCCAAUAUGGCCUGGUGGCCCUGGCCAUAGAUCGAGGCUCCCCGGAGAGGUCCUCCUCCGUCACCGUGUUGGUCGACGUCGAGGACAUCAACGACAACCCGCCGAUGUUCGACACCGACAAGAUCCAGCUGUACAUCGCGGAGAAUUCCCCGAAGGGCUCCACCGUCGGGGAGAUCCGGGCGAAGGACCCCGACGCAGGGCGCAACGCCGAGAUCCAGUACAGCAUCAUCGGGGGCACGGACGCCGAGAGCUUCACCAUGGUCGCCCACCCGAACGAAGGGCGCGCUGAACUGGUCACGCGCGUCGAUCUGGAUUACGAGUCUCCCAAGAAGAAAUACAAGCUCAACGUGAGGGCAACAUCGUCGCCCUUGCGUUCCGACAUCCCCGUCGUGGUGCAUGUCGUCGACAUCAACGACAACGCGCCCGUGCUCUCCGACUUCAGGGUCAUUUUCAAUAACUUCAAGAACCACUUUCCCGUUGGGCCCAUUGGGCGAGUGCCGGCAAGGGAUGAUGACGUCACCGAUCAGCUCUCCUACCGGAUCAUCAGCGGCAACAAGGCCGGAUUGGUCGAAGUCGAUCCGGAAUCGGGAGCCAUCACUCUCUCGCCCUCACUCAACACCAACGUUCCGAUCCAUGCCACCAUGGAAAUCUCCGUAUCAGACGGCUUGAACGAAGUGACGGCCGAGAUGAACCUGCAAGUGAGGCUGGUGACGGAGGCGAUGCUCUUCAACUCCGUGACCGUCCGCAUCGCCGACAUGACACAGGAGGCGUUCCUGUCUCCCCUCCUGUCUUACUUCGUCGACGGCCUGGCCGCCAUCAUCCCCUGUCCUCGCGAGAAUAUAUUCAUCUUUAACAUUCAGGACGACACCGACGUGCAAGCGAGGAUCCUGAACGUCAGCUUUUCAGCCAAGAGGCCCGACGUCCACGGCGAGGAGUUCUAUCAGCCGCAGUACCUCAGGGAGAGAGUCUACCUCCACCGCUCCAACCUCGCCAAGUUAGCCACCGUCCAGGUUCUGCCCUUCGACGACACCCUGUGUGUACGUGAGCCUUGCCUAAACUUCGAGGAAUGCCUGAACGUGCUAAAAUUCGGCAAUGCCUCAGGUUUCAUUUCCUCAGACACCAUCCUAUUCCGUCCUAUCUAUCCCGUCAACACUUUCGCUUGCAGGUGCCCCAAGGGGUUUACUGGAAUGAGAGAACACUAUGAAUGUGACACAGAAGUCAACCUCUGCUACAGCAGUCCCUGUGGAAGUCAUGGCACCUGCAUGAGAAGAGAGGGUGGCUAUACCUGUGUCUGUUUACCUGGAUACACAGGCAAGAACUGUGAAGUAAACAUGUUGAGUGGCUCAUGUACGGAGGGGAUUUGCAAGCAUGGUAGCAAGUGCACAAGCAUAUCUACCACUGAUGGAGGUGAAAGUGGCUUCACAUGUACUAACUGUACACGAGCACUCUAUUACACAUCUACAUGCGAACUAAGAUCCAGGAGAUUUUCUCAGGGUAAUUUCCUUACCUUUCCAGCCCUCAAGCAGAGACACAGACUCCACUUGAAGAUCAGUUUUUCAACAAGAGAUCUAAAUGGUUUAUUGCUGUACAAUGGACGGUACAAUGAGAAACAUGACUUUUUGGCCCUGGAAGUGAUUGAUGGGUCGGUGACUUUUUCAUUUAGUCUGGGUACAAGUACCACUCGUGUUAGUGCUUCAAUACCUGGAGGGGUGUCAGAUGGCGAGUGGCACACGGUUUCUGUGGAUUAUUACAACAGGAGUGCAACCAUUAGCUUGGAUAACUGUGAUGUUGCACUUGCUGUUCGCUUUGGUGAUAAGAUUGGAGAUUAUUACUGCGCAAACACUGUGGCAGCAAUUCUAGAUGCCAGAUGUGCCAUUUUAACGGAGUCCUGUCAUCGUUUUCUUGAUGUUACUGGUCCUCUACAAGUAGGAGGAUUACCUUCUCUACCAACUACUUAUCAAGUGCAGCAGCACCACUUCCAUGGUUGCAUAUCGGAUCUUUAUAUCGAUCAUAAAUUUAUUGAUCUUAAUUCACAUGUAGCUGAUAAUGGCACAUACCCCGGCUGCCCAGAGAAAAAUAGUUUCUGUCGUUCCCAUCCAUGCAAAAAUGGGGGGACAUGCAGAGAAACCUUUGGCACAUAUAUUUGUGACUGCCCAGUAGGAUAUGGAGAGAAAAACUGUGCACAAGAAAUAGAGAUUGUGAAGCAGUUUACUGGAGAAGGUUUCUUGCUGUUUAGUCCUCAGUUACAAAAAAUCAAGUUGCCAUGGUUCAACAGCCUUUCUUUCAGAACUAGGGAACAGUUUGGUUUGCUGAUGAUGACAAAUGUUGGUCAGAAGAACUCCAAGAGCAUAAUAGAACUAGUUGAUGGUUUCAUUCAAUAUCGCUAUGAAAAUACAACUAUUAAGAUGACCGACUCUAGAGUGGAUGAUGGUCUGUGGCACAACAUAGAGGUGAAGUGGAUGGCCGGUGAAGUAUGGCUUAAUCUAGAUUAUGGAGACCAUGAAAUCACUGAGAAAGUAGAUGAAUAUGUGGCUGGUCUUCUGACUGGUGAAGUAUCUGUCGGAGGGGUUCAGCCAUCUGAUCCAGCAAAAGUGAUCGGCUUCAAAGGAUGUGUGAAGGAUGCCAGGGUGGGGAUCACUAAAAAUGCUUGGCUCCGUCCAACACACGAGAGUGGAGUGCGGGAUGGAUGUACUGCCUCAGAUCCUUGCACUUCACGUCCAUGUCCUCUCAAUUCUGUUUGCAUCAAUACAUGGCAAGGUUAUGAAUGCAAGUGCAACAAAGGAUACUAUGGUGAUAAGUGCAAUGAUGUUUGUAACUUAAAUCCAUGUAGCCAUAAUGCUACUUGUAUUCAUGAUAUCCACUCGCCUAAGGGGUACCGCUGUGAAUGCCCAACAUAUGAGUUUUCAGGUGAAUAUUGUGAAGUGGUACUAGACCAGCCAUGUCCUACAAACUGGUGGGGUUAUCCUGUUUGUGGGCCCUGCGACUGCGAGAUAGAUAAAGGAUAUGAUGGCGAUUGUAACAAGACAUCUGGAGAAUGUCGCUGCAAGGAAAAUCAUUAUCAGCCAAAAGCUACUGAUACCUGCUUUGACUGUGACUGUUAUUCUAUGGGAUCCUUUGGAGGUUCUUGUGAUAUUUUCACUGGACAGUGUAGGUGCCGACCUGGGGUCAUUGGACGAAGAUGUGAUCAGUGUGCAAAUCCUUUUGCUCAGGUCACCAUAAAAGGUUGUGAAAUUGUGUAUGAUGGUUGCCCUAAGAACUUUGCUGAGAUGAUAUGGUGGGAGCAAACUGCAUUUGAUGGUACCACAGUGCAGCAGUGUCCUAUUGGUGCACAGGGCCAGGCUUCACGGUCGUGUCAUAAAGAAAUUGGUUGGGGACCUCCAGAUAUGUUUAAUUGUGUUUCUGAUACAUUUAUUGAACUGAGGGAUUUGCUUGAGAGUUUGGAGAGUAAUGAAUUGGAAAUUACCACAUACCUUGCUGUCAAGAUCUCAGAAGACUUGAACUAUGCUUGUUCCGUAACACCAGCAAUGUGGGGCUCUGAUAUUCUUAUUGCCUCUCGACUUCUCAUUGUACUUUUGGAUUAUGAAACUCGCCAAGAAGGUUUGAACUUAACUCAUCGUCAGGAUCGCCAUUAUGUUCAGAAUUUGGUUGAAUCUGCAUCAGUGAUAUUACAGCCUGUUUAUGCCCCUCAUUGGCAACGUAUAAAUGGUGUAGAAGGAUUUGGUGCAGAUUCACUUUUAACAAAAAUGGAUGAGUACGUAGCUACUCUUGCUGCUAGUCAGGGAGAUACCUACACAACUCCAUUUGAAAUUCCCACAACUCAUGUUGUGUUUGGCAUGGAUACAGUGUCUGCCGAUGAACUAUAUGGAUACAGUAGAUCCGAUUUUGUUGUUGGACACGAUGACCGGGUAGAUCACAUCAUCAUACCGGAAUCUUCAUCUUUGGUUGACAAACAGUACCCUGGUCAGGGAAAGGCCUCUGUUAUCAUUCCUAAAUACAAUAACUACUUGAAAAAUCAACAGAUUUGGGUUCAUGAUACAAAUAUUCGCAUUCCAUUGUCAGUUGUUGGCAUACCAGAUGUUAAAACAGAUGAGACUUCAACCAGUGGUACAUUAGGCAGUACAAGGGCCGUUGUUAGCUAUGUCAUAUUUCGAUCUUUGGGAACUCUUCUCCCUGAGACUUACAGCGCAGAUGUAGAGCAGAGAUGGGGAGUAGGAUUAGCUGUUAGAUCACCUGUCUUUACAGUAGCCGUCCAUACUUCACACAAUGGCCUAAUACAGGAAAAAUUGGGAGUUCAAGUACGGCUACGGUUCAGGCUUGGUCACGUAGGAAGAAGGGCAAAUCCUCAGUGUGUAACUUGGAUAACAAAUGAGAAAAAUGAAGGACUUUGGACACGGGAUGGAUGUUUCACAAGUGGACCAGAGCCUGGAUUUGGAGAAUAUGCCAAUGAUACAUUCAUAAAUUGUACUUGUAAUCAUUUGUCAAGUUUUGCUGUUAUUUUGAAUGAUGCUGAAGCAGAGUUCUUGGCUGAACCAUCCAUUGCAGAGGAUGUAACCACUUACACUGGUCUCAUCUUGUCUCUUGUCUUGCUUUUACUUGCAUUCAUUGCUUUCUGUCUUCUGAGAGGUGCUCAGACAAACUCUAACACUAUUCACAAGAACCUCACAGCUUGCUUGUUCCUUGUACAACUGCUCUUCCUAACUGCACUCAAACUAAGACAUUUCUUGGUCCAGCAAGAGUUCCCCUGUAAACUAGUAGCGAUAGGCCUCCACUACUUUUGGCUCUGUGUUUUCACCUGGCUUUUGAUAGAAGGAGUUCACUUGUACCGAAUGCUGACAGAAAUGAGGGAUGUGAACCACGGACAGAUGAGAUUCUACUACUCUUGUGGUUAUGGUCUCCCAGCAAUUAUUGUUGGUUUAUCAGUUGGGGUCAGAGCUGACCAGUAUGGCAAUUACUUCUUCUGUUGGUUGUCGAUCUACGAAAGUGUUGUAUGGGCUUUGGUUGGUCCUAUAUGUGCCAUCGUGAUCAUCAUUCUGCUUGUAUUUGUUUUAGCCAUUAGAGCAUCACUUACCCUGAAAGGUCACAUUGAAGGUUUUGGAAACUUAAGAACAUUACUGUGGCUGGGUAUCCUGUUCCUACCGUUACUUGGAGCUACAUGGGUUCUAGCUGUUUUAUCAGUCUCUGAAGACUUGGAAAUUCUACAUUACUUCUUCUCUGUCUUUUCUCUACUGACUGCUGUUUUCAUUCUUGUUGGUUACUGUCUGCUGAAUACUCGUGUACGAGAUUCCCUGUACUUCAUGUUCUUGGCUUGCACUGGAAGAAAGGUUCCAUAUCAAGAAUCACUUAGUGUCACAAGAACAUCUGUAGCAUCUAGAUCUGCUCUUACUUACAAUGAUGAUUUUAACAUACUGCGACGGAAUAUUGGGAUUUCUACUGCCAGCACAACAUCUCGUUCUACUUGUAAAACCUCAAGUUCACCGUAUAGUCGUAGUGAUGGAUUAGCUGCUGGAGGAAGGGUGCCUUCGUCAAGUACUCCUAGCAAUUACAAUUCUAACACAGAUAUAAAUUCUCAUUCAGUCAAGUCUCCUUAUGCCUACAAUGAUUCUACAACAUUCCACCGUAAGAAUGGUGCUGCAGGACGAUCAGCAAAGCGACGAGAAAGUGAGAGUGAAAGUGAACUGAGCCUCGAUCACCGUUCCCUUGACCUGGCCUCAUCCCACUCAAGUGAUGAAGAUGACACUACUACGCACAACGGUACUCUCAGAGUUAAUGAGAGAAGAACUAAUCCACCCCCAGAAGUGCCCCCAAAGCCAUCCAGUUACCUACCCAACAUAUAUGAUCUGGACACAACUGCUGAAGCCCUUCCUCCUCCACCUCCUGGAAUGUUGGGAUCUGGACCAGUUGGAGCAACAGGAUCUCCAUUGCUGCACAAUAUUCGCCCAAUAUAUGCCACCCACUGGUCAUCUCAGCUUCCACCUGCAUAUCCAGGCAUUUACAAAGAACACAAUGUUCAGUCGCCACUAUGGGCAAGUGAACGGUUGUCUACAACAACAGCAUCGGACAAUGAAAUGCCAGAGAAAGCCGAUAAUUUAAGAGUAGAAAGCAGGCCAACAUUAACAAGAUAUAUGGAUCAAGCACGUAGAUAUUCUCCAGCUGAAAAUCAAUUUGGAACAUAUUCACCAUCAACAAAAAGGUAUUCUCCAGAUGCUAAGAAAUUCUCUACUUUAGACUCGAGAAGAUAUUCACCAGAUUCCAGACGGUAUUCCCCGAAUACAUCUCAAAUGCGCGAAAGUCCAUACUCUCACGAGGGAAAAAGAAUAUCUCCAGAAAACUUAGUUGUGAGAACUGAGUCAAGAGCAAGUCGGACCAGUAUUGAUAGUGUAGAAAGGCGUCGAUAUUCACCGCCUACCCACCAUGAACAGCAGGGUACCAAUACACCACAAAGUCAAAAGCGAUUUCUUCAUAAUUUAGCAGAGGACCCUAGUCCUGAAGCACUUCCAGCACCAAUAAUGAGUAACUUAGGUGGUGAUCACAGAACAGAAGUUAACAACUUAAAUAUACCUCCAUCUGACCCCCCACCUCCAUCACCUCCACCAACCCUCCCAGCUGCCCUCCUUGCAACUCAUAAAGUUCCAGCAAUUACAUUAGGGAUAUCAGACUCAGAUAAGGACAGCACAGAAACAACCGUUUGACAACCAGAGGGGUACGUCACAGAUGCAUGGGAUGUGUGAGACUCACAUGAUAGGUACUAUUACCUGUCCAGUAGCCAAGUGAAUGUGAAGUAGUAAGUGAAGGAUUAUGAACGUGACAAUUUGGAAGGAAGUGUGGAUUACUUCUUUUGUUAUUUAAAUUAUUUAUCUUUGAAAAACUCCAUAUUUGCUUUAUUUGUGAUUGGCUAAUUUAUUUCUGUGAUUGUGCCCCGCCAUUUACAUCUUAUUUUAUUCAACCUUAUUGUUGGUUAUGCUUUAUUGUCUAAUUGUUGUUAUGUCUAAGUUAUUUUCCUUGAAUGAGUGAACAUAAUAGUGAUCUUGAUGAAAGACAUUAGGUUUCCUAGUUUUUGCAUUUCACUUCCUAGGAAUCCUACAAUCUUACACAUCUGGUGCUUUUGAAAUCAUUGACUUGACUAUACAUACAAUGUUCAUUUUUAUAGAUAUUUAUAGUGUUCUAAUAAAUGCAGUUGUUAGCAUCUUGCUUCAAGAAAAAUGAACUCUGCUGUGUUAUAUAUAAAUUGUGAAGACAUUAUUGCAAAUUAUACAUUUUUAAUGCAAACAAUAUAGUGAUCAAAAGCUAUAACAUACGGUGAUCUGUGUUACUUGUGCAUACAGUUCCAUAUUACUCCAUUAGAGAGACUGCUUUGUGUGCUCUUUCAAAUUUCUCGCCAAUAUUUUGUGUAGUACUGUGCUAAAACAAGGUUAAGCAUAUCAACUUAUCAAAAAUAUUACUUUGGUAGAAGCUGUAGCGGCAAAACAGAUACCCAGCAUUCUGUUUCAUGAAGGUUCAGUCGAUUAAAUAUUAUACACUUAGAAUAAUGUAUGUUUGUCGUCUUCACACAAAACCUACUUGCACAGAAUUAUGCAAGGUGCAGUGUUACUUAUUGUACAUACUGUAUUAGAUAUUGCUCAUGGAGCAACUGGCCUUUUGUAGUGCACUAAGUGUACAUAGCUGUAUGCCUGACAUGUUUUCUCUUAUUUAAAUGUAUAUUAAUGUUGUACAUAUCUGUGAAUGUUUGUUGUUCAAGAAACUUUCGAUAUAUUAUGCUUCAAGAGAUUCUUGUCAUAUAUGUAUGAAUAUUUGUGUGUGGGUAAGAAAGGUUAAGCUUGCAUUUUCUUUAUAAACAAAGAAAAAGAAAGACAUAUUUUUAGUAGACAAGAUGAGUAUUGCAAGACAUGUUUAGUAAUAAUUGUUGGUAAUUGAACAUGUCUUUUAAUUUUUUGAGGUUUGUUGCUAGGUUGAAUUAUGAGAAUUAUGUAGCAAACUUGCAAUAAUUAUUUUCUGAGCUUACCCAAAAGUUAUUGAAGCAUAGUGUAUUGAAUAACCCUUUUGGUUUAUAAUGUGAUGAUGGGGAUGAUCUCACAAUAGCUGCCAAAAUACUUUCAUACAUAAGAAAGCCAUUAAGUAAUAGUUGAUGAUCGCAAGAUUAUCGAAACCAAAAGACGUCCAUCGCCAAAAUUGUUAUGGGACGUGUCUGAGCUUAUUCUGCUUUAGAUUAGGACUGACCCAACUUUGUCACUUAUGAAAAGCGUUAUUUCAUUGGUUGCUUGUAACUUUUUUGAAAAUCAAUGUUGGCCAACUUACUAGUUCAUUAGCAUCCUGAUUUAUAAUUGUAACAGAGGGAAGAAAUAAUUUCAUAAACAAGACAAUAAUGUAGUCUACAAAUCAAAUUACAGUACUGGUCCCUAGUUCAAAUCAUAAAUCAGUAAAUUUUUAAAAAUCUGGUAACUAAGUAUUAAAGGCUUAAAUUUAAUUGCAAUAUAGCAUAACAAUAAGACUUAUGAAAUUAUGCUGACUGCUAUAAUUCAUGAGUGCUAUACAAAUUAAUUGGAAUAAUUACCCCUAAAUGAAUCAUAAUAAUAAGAAAUUGAGCUUGUUAAAAAGAGUACUUCAGCAACUAUGACUAGAUACUCAAUUCAGAUUACAGUUAUGUAUUUUAUGUAGGCCACUGAACUUAAGGAAAUUUUAUAAUUAAUAAUAAUAAUAAUAAAAAAAGAGCUUCCAUUUACAUUUUGGGUAAGGAUAAGUCUGUGAUUUGAAGUCAGUAUGCAGGGUAAAAUCAAUGAAGACUAAGGUACUCAUUAAACUCAGACACAUCAUAUUUAAUCAAAUCAUGUUGAAGUGUUCCUCUUUUAUUUAAGAUAAAAUGUUUAUCCCUAAGUGAUAAGCUCCUUUUUUGUAUAUUAUUUGCAAAAUAUGAUUUUAGUACAAAGAUAUUUUAUAUGUAAAUAUUUAUGUAAAUAAAUUUAAUAAAUGUAAGACUGGUAA